AUGUCGCUUUCUAAAGUGAAGCACAUUGUGCUGGUCUUGUCGGGCAAAGGCGGUGUCGGAAAGUCUUCAGUGACGACGCAACUGGCCCUAUCCCUCGCGCUCGCAGGGCAUUCUGUGGGUGUACUCGAUGUCGACCUUACCGGACCUUCGAUCCCUCGCAUGCUGUCGAUUGAAGCAGAGAAGGUUAAGCAAGCGCCCGGAGGCUGGCUCCCCGUGCCUGUCCAUGACGCCGUCGAAGAAAAGGGUAUCGGCUCAUUCCAUGCCAUGAGUCUCGGAUUCCUUCUGCCCAGACGCGGCGAUGCCGUUGUCUGGCGCGGACCCAAAAAGACGGCCAUGGUCCGGCAGUUCCUCUCCGAUGUCUUGUGGGAUGAGACGGACUAUCUACUCAUCGAUACGCCCCCGGGCACCAGCGACGAGCAUAUUUCCCUUGCCGAGACACUGCUGCGAGAUGCUCGGCCUGGCCAGGUCGCGGGUGCCGUUGUAGUUACGACACCACAGGCGGUUGCCACGGCAGAUGUCAAAAAGGAGCUCAACUUUUGUGUCAAGACCAAUAUCAAGGUUCUCGGUGUGGUUGAGAACAUGAGCGGCUUCGUCUGUCCUCACUGCUCAGAGUGUACCAACAUUUUCAGCUCUGGCGGAGGAGCCGUCAUGGCCCAGGAGUUCUCGGUACCAUUCCUCGGCACCGUACCCAUCGAUCCUCAGUUUGGCGAACUUGUCGAAUCCGGCAGGAGGCCGCAGUACCCUCAAGGGACGCAAAUCCACGGUCAGGAUAUCGGCCAGGCCGAAAAGGAGGGCGAGACAAAGGGCGACACUCUUGUCGAGAAGUACCAGGACUGUUCGCUGUCUCACAUCUUUAGCGACAUUACUUCCAAACUCACAACAACGGUAGAGGCACAAGCACAAGCACAGUCAUAA